GCGGACGCGGGUCCCGGCGGUCGUCGGGUCUGCAGCCUUGGGUCAGUUGGCUGCGGCAAGUGCGCUGCGGUUCCAGCGGCGCCAUGUCGUUCUGCAGCUUCUUCAGGGGCGAGGUUUUCCAGAAUCACUUUGAGCCCGGCAAGUCUGAGUGCAUUGGUCUUCCUUGGGCGGAUUUGCCGCGUGUCACUCCUGUACGGGGCUGGGCUGUGACACAGGACCAUCCCGGCAAAGCCCCCCCCAACAAGACUCUCUGGCUGUGGACUCCAGUUGUCCUCAGGAUGCUCUGCCAAGCCAGAAACUCCACUUCCACGGCAGCUGCUGGCUCCUCUUUGCUUUCUUCUCCAGUUCCUGGGAAAGGCUGGGUAGUUCACAGUCUUCAGGGGAGGCUGUCCCCAGGUGAUGGGUGAGAGGUGACUCAGCACCCCGGGAGGUUCCUGUUUUCAGUCCUUCAAACAGUUCUGCAAGUCAGUUUUGCAACUUUCCCGCCCCCUCCACUCUAAAGUGAUCCUUUGUGGGUAGGCUGAAAUCUGUCAUCCCCAGCCCUCUUUCUUCCGGGGCUCCUGUGUGGCCUGGAGGCCUUUUCUCUGGGACUGUUCUCUUUUUGCCUGGAGAGCAGGGCAGUGCCUGGGUGUCCAGCUUAGGGCCUUGUUGGGCAGCAGGGAGGGCCACUUGAGAAGGGAGAGGGACCAGGUGGUGGGGCCACAUCAGGGCCCCUGCCGUGUAUGACCCUGGGGGAACUAGGGGAGCAAGGGGGAGCUCUGUGUCCUCAUGGGACUGCCCAGGCUCCUUCACGCUGCACACGCUGUAGCUGGGUGUCUUUGCAUCACCAAGCAAAGAUGGAAAUGUUAGGAGAUGGCCCAUCACAGGGCUAUAAGAAGAAUCAAGGGGAUGAUUGUGAAAGGUGAAUCCUCUGGUCUCUGGCACAUCUACUAAACAAGAGCUUAGCACAGCGCCUCCCAUGGCAGGCGUUUAUGUGUGUGCCAAGUGUGGCUAUGAGCUGUUCUCCAGCCGCUCGAAGUACGCACACUCGUCCCCAUGGCCGGCAUUCACGGAGACCAUUCACGCCGACAGCGUGACCAAGCGUCCGGAGCACAAUCGACCUGAAGCCUUGAAGGUGUCCUGUGGCAAGUGUGGCAACGGGCUGGGCCACGAGUUCCUGAACGAUGGCCCCAAGCCGGGGCAGUCCCGGUUCUGAAUAUUCAGCAGCUCGCUGAAGUUUGUCCCUAAAGGCAAAGAAACGUCUGCCUCCCAGGGGCACUAGGCGGGCAGCCCACACCCACCCAAGAUGGCCACCUCACCGAGGCCACACGCUGGCCACUCCACCUUGGAGUUGGAACCCUGGGCAUCGAGACAGGAAGGCAGGGCGCAGUGGCUGAAACAUCAGGAUGCUCCCAAGGCCCCAGCUCUGAACAAGACCUUCUUGUUUCUUGGAAAAGACCCUCAUUUGCUGAUGGUUCAUGCCUUCUGCUGGGACAGGCCUGGGCUGCACAGCCACACUGUCGGCUGACUUAGCCCCCUGCUCAGUCUAGGUGCCUCCAGGAGGUGAUCCCUGGGUGCAGCUGGUCUCUGAAUGACGUUACACCCUCACCUUCUUUCCCUGGCCCUGUCUCUGGACUCUCCUCCGUGAGGCCAAUUCCAAGACAGACUGUGGUCCUCACUGAAGCCUAGGCUCACAUCUCCCAGGCUGCUUAGGAGACAGAAUGGAAACGGAGGCCGCCCCUGCCAGCCGCCCUGGCCCUGGUCACUGCAUGAUCUGCUCUGGUCAAACCCUUCCAGGCCAGCCAGGGUGGGGAUGGUGUGUGACCUGCUGGGAAGGCAGGCUGAUGGGGCAGACCCCUGGCCUCUCGUCCACGAGGGAAGAAACCUAAACCCUGUUUGACAAUCUGCGCGGAAGUAGCUUGCCUCACUCGUGCUGAGGAAAGCGGCUGUUGCUCCGUGACUCUAACCAGCACAGGGCUGGGGCCUGCAGGGACGCCCUUCCCAAGGUGUGGCGACUGUGCCUCACUGUACAUGCUCGGAGGCCUGGCCGUACAGGAGGGUGGGUGAUGCUGAAGUCAGUCCCCAUCUUAAGUAAUUACUUUCUGUAAUAAUCAGGUGGAAAUCAAUAAACAAAUGAAACAUUCA